UACAGCAAGUGGCAUCAGCGCGCCAUUGUUGUAUCAAUUUCUUAUCUAACCGAUGCGUACGUUGCAGAUCUGUGAGAAAGGGCCAGAGGGAAAUGUGGUUUUCUUGAUUUCGUGGGAAUGAUUUUAUUCAAACCCUUAUAGAAUAUAUUUAAUUUUUUCUAAAUUAAUAAACCACUAAGUUGUUUGAUGAGUGGACAAUGGGAAAAUGCAGGAUGAUGUAGGUUAAAUUUUCCUAAUUUGGCCGUGGACGCAGUCGACUUACCAUAUUCGGAAUACCGUUGCUUCUCCCAUCAUCAUUUUUGGGAUUACAGAAACUGUCCUUUAUUUGUUUGAUAUAUUCAGCUCCUACUUUACAGUAGUUUGCUCUUGGAAAGGUUUGGGUGUCAACCAAUGCCUUUCUUCUCUGAUAGGCGACGAAAGCCUAACUUGCGACAUUUUGGACUUGUCUGUCGUUCAGCCAAACCCUGACUCCUGAUUGGUUAUCAUGAACGUGGUAUGGUAUCCAUUGAUCCCAUCCUCGCUGGAUCGUUUCUUGGUGCAUCAAUAGUCGGGCCUUGUGAAUCGAUCGAUGAAGCAAUGCUCAUACUAACUGUUAAAUUAUUGUUAUGAAACCUUUUGAACCAAACCAUAUAGUCCUUUUCUAGCACUAUUUACCCCUUACUUUCACCACUGCCUUGCAGCAGACGGUUCGUAGAGCUACCGCCAGAGCCGCUAUUCAACAGACCCUGAACUUAACCCUCUGCAUGUAGAUAAGAACCGUGUAAGACUGGUUAUAAAAACCGCAAUUUAUAGUAUUCUAUUCCCACCUAAUAAAUACAAAGCUGUUGUGAUCUCAGUAGGUACUCUUGGUCUGUGUGGUUUGUAAAAUAGCAGUUUCUUUUAAAGUCCAGCGACCUGGCGUUAAGCAGCACUCGUUAAUCUGCUACUCCUGGCAUGUGUUUGUAAUAACGCGUACUCGUAUUACGCUUGUCUUAAUCCCUUGAAAUAAUGAAGUCAAAAAAUGAAAAUAUAUCUCCGAUUUGUUCGGUCAGUCCUACGUGUCAACCGAAUAUUGCUGCUCUAAUUUCAUUGUUUCACUGGAGUUCCGAUUAUAAUUUGUGUAUUGAUAAGGUGUGUAGCUUGUACUGUGAAUAUUCAUCUAACUCUCCACCUUCUUCAGAUCUUAACCAUAACAAUCAUAAUUUCGUUUCGUUGAGGAAGCGUCGGAAACCAGAUAGUGGAAUAGCUUAUCCAUGGCUCCUGCGAAGGAAGUGCUUUCAUUACAAUUUAUUGCUGCUAAUUGUUCCAUAACGUGGCUCCAAAAGUGCAUUGCGCAUCGCUCAUGCGUUGUUGACAAACAUAUUCUACGGGAAUUUUUAAGGUGUCGAAUUGGUGGUUCUACUCAACAAGAGCUGUUAUCGAAUGCUCUUUCUCGUAUUUUGCGUGGAGCCAAAUUGUGUACCCAAGCCCAAAUACUGGAACUGCUUGGCGAUGAAAAGACAACGCGUCUCGAUAUAACUCCUUCGCGGCUUGACAGUCCCGCUGAAGUGUUACACAUAUACCUGGCCAUUGGAUUCGGCCGUAUGCGGAACGUCAGGAAGCUUUCAAUAAAUUACGCCAAGACUGCUCUUUAUACUUCAUUCAAACCCGAAAUGAACACUUAUUUCUACCUCACCCUGGAUAGAAUGAGUCACUUGACACAUGUGGCUGUGCCUUAUUUGGGUGAAGCUGGACUAUUGUCAAUUAUUGGUAGGACGUGCGAAAAUAUACAGUACCUGGAUAUAUCGGAGUCGGUGAAAGUUGAUGACGCAUGUUUGGCUUCCCUCUUUUUAAGCCAUCCUAGAUCAAUGCGAGAACUAUGGGACGGAAAAAUACCUUAUAUAAUCACUAAAUUCUCUCAAUGCUGUAAUAGUCUGAAAUAUCUUGGCCUGAGAAACACCAAAGUGACCGUCAGAACAGUGAAUAUUUUGACUCAGGUGAUGCCAAACCUGGAGUCUUUAGGUGGAUGCCUGAAAUCGGUGUCCACAUUUCAUGCAAUAGUCAAGUCGUCUGAUAGAUAUUCUUUGGCGCCAAGGCAAAGCAAUUUCACAUUUUGCACUUUACUUGCUGUGUAUGAUCUCCAGAGUGACGGAUGGCACAAACUAACAUUGAAAUAUCAUACAAUUCGAUAUCGAAGAGAAGCGUCUGGUGGAUGCGAGGAACCUGCUGGGGUUUAUGUUUGUCCUCCAUUUCCGUUGAAAUUAGCCGAACUCUCGGAUUUCUCGGACGAGGUAGAUUUAGACACUGUUUCUGCAUUGAAUGAACUAUGCCCUCACGUCUCCGAACUACACACAUCAAUUACCUCUCUUCCCAUCUUAGCUGAACAUUUUCAUGACUUGAAGGUUUUAGAGGUUAUAUAUAGAUGCAAGGUGAACGACUGGCUAUGGAACCAAACUUUAAUGAAUUACUUGGAGCGACGUGGCUCAUCUCUGAUAGCAUUGGCAGUAACACAGACACGAUUUCACUACCUAUCACUAUCCCGCCUGCAAGCGGCUUGUCCCAACUUAGUCAACCUCACGGCGUCGAUAAAUGUAGAUGAAGACCUGACUAAUCUACCACAAUUAUUGUACGCUAACCUUGUGUUUAGAUCGUGGGGAGUGUUUAAGAACUUCUGUCAAGGCCACACCCAACUCAGGGAACUCCGUGCCUCGUUGCCUCCUUCCCUAGCUGGCCCUUUUUACAUAUCAACACCAAUGACAGACAGUUUCUUCGAAUCAAUUUUUCUCUCCUACUCGUUUGCUCAUCUCGAAAAAUUGAUUAUCGAUACAUGUGACUUAGGUGCGGGUGCAAUGGAAAUUUGUCUGGGACCGUGCCUCCCUCGACUGCGCGUGGUGGGUUACGUAGACCGAUGGUGGAAGCUUUUGCCAGACGAAGUGGUUCAUUUCAACAAUGAAAUCAAGGCUAGGAAAUUGGAUCUUACGCUAAUCCACUCGGAUGACGAAGAUGGUGUCAACUUUCCGAUCAGAAAAAAUUUACUUAUUCGUUGUUAUUAAUAACUAUUUCGAGGCGACUUGUACAUAUAGUGAACUUUUGUUCGUUCAACAAUCAAUGGAUUUAGAUUCCUUUGACGCUCCUUCCAAUUCUAAUGUCUUAAUUGAAAUAUCCGUCUCUCUCUUAGUUUGAAAUUGGGUCCCAUGCACUCCUAUACCUCAGAUAGGAAUACGAAAUCUCCAAAGGUGCUGGCAAUUAUUAUAAUUCAUUUAUAAUUGUGUUCCCCUGGUCAUGUUUUGGCAUUCAUGAUUCUGGUAGUGCCUUCACGUAUUAUUGUUCUCAACGUCCGCGUAAUUGAAUUUUUCUUUGGGUAUCGUGCUUAGUCGUGCUGUUUUUUUUUCGGAGACUAGUGAAUUCUUACGAUAUUUUUUGCAUCAUAAAACAGUAGAAUUUCACGAAAUUUUAUGCGCAGUUAUUACUAAAUACGGAACGUUCUUUUAUGUUUUAAGCGUAAAUCAUGACCUUUUUUAAUUGGGAAUAAUGUAGAAUCUUUUGUCAGUUUGACUAUGUUAACUUAUCGUUAGCGAGUUCAUACAGAUUGCAAUGUUGCCCAAUUCUAACCUAUGCCAAUUGAGAAUUUUUUUGACAUUCUUUAUCCCUCUCAAGAAUAUUUCGUCUGAGAGUUUGCCAAAAAAAUUUGAAUUAACUAAAUGUUCAUCAAAGGUAAAAAAAUUAUGCUUGCAUUAUUCUUACCUGAUCUCUGUUUCUUAAACACCGGCACUUGGGCGUCGUGAUGUAGCUUUCUCAUUUACGUUGAAAGUUUCUUUUGAGUAUAUUUCCUUAUUCUGACGCCUCGUUCCUGG